CUGUAGUCACUGCUAAAAAACGGGGUUUGGAGGAAGUGUAAAGACAAACCCGCGCGGUAUUAACGUAUCUUGCGCUAAGGUUAUUUAUUGGUACUUUUAUUUUUAAAAUAUUUAAUAUCAGUAUUCGUUGUUACCAUUUGUCCUAGAAACGUUGAAGUUCUGGUAUUUCCUAAUAUGACUAGAUCAAAAAUAGAGUUAGGAGAUGUAACACCGCAUAAUAUAAAGCAGCUAAAACUUCUAAACCAAGUAGUAUUUCCAGUCUCAUACAAUGAGAAGUUUUACAAGGAUGUUUUGGAGGCUGGUGAACUAGCAAAACUUGCAUACUACAAUGACAUAGUGGUUGGUGCAGUUUGUUGCAGAGUGGAUACUUCUGAAAAUUCUAGGCGGCUGUAUAUCAUGACUUUGGGAUGUCUUUAUCCCUACAGAAGGUUAGGAAUUGGUACAGUAAUGGUACAGCAUGUUUUAAAUUAUGUUAACAAAGAUGGAAACUUUGAUUCAAUAUUUCUUCACGUUCAAAUAAGCAACGAAGGUGCUAUCGAUUUUUAUAAAAAGUUCGGAUUCGAAAUAGUAGAAACAAAGGAACACUAUUACAAGAGAAUAGAACCGGCGGAUGCUCAUGUAUUACAAAAGACUUUACGUCCUAAAACAAAUCAAACAAUUAAUAUUUAAGUACAAUGCUUGAAAGCUAUGAUUUUAAAUUAGACAUUAGACGCAUAUAUUAUCAAUAAAAUAUAAAUGUGUGAUAUAAAACAUACAGAUAAAAAAAAACACAUUUAUCAUGUUCGGAUACCGACUUAAUGUUUAAAUAUUGCAAAUUUUUUUAAAUAGUAUAAAUUAUUACAGUCUUUGUACAUAAACAAUCAAUUAUAAUUUAAUAUCUGUAAAAACAAUAAUAGCAAAGAAACAUUUUGUUCCCACAUAUUAACAUGUAUACUUUAAAUGAGUAUUUUGCUAGAUGCACGUAUAAUUAUAAUGCUAGUAGCUCCUGAAUUCUUUUCACACAUAAAUCUGAUCCUUCGCUUGCUUCUUUUGAAACCUGUCAAUUAAAAUUAAUUUAACGUGAUGUGCAUACAGUAUCGAGCAAAAUAGUCAUUCCUUGGGAAAAUGGCUUUACAGAAAAAAAGGGAAUCCGGACGCCCGAGACAUCAUUUUUCCUGGGGAAAGCCUAUUAUGUUCGAUACUGUACAUUUAUUUGAUAUAAAAGAACAAAAUUGUUACCGGUGUUAAAUUUAAAAAUCCGUGUGGUAAUCCUGGCAAUACGUCCAGCGUAACUAAUACACCAAGCAAUCGUAACUUUCUUGCAAACAUAAUAGAAUCAUCGAGGCACGGAUCGAGCUCCAUUGUCUAUAAAUUUAAGUAUUUAAUAUUGCAUACUAUUGAGUAAAAAAAAAAAAAUAUUAAAAAA